CGUUAGGAAGAACAACCUUCAGAACACGGCCAAAGAGCCCAAAAAACCCACAACAACCAAUAAAGCUACUUACUUUACUCUCAGAGAUUGUGACUGAAUGUAUCAUCAUUCUUAUGGACUGCCAGUCCUUUAACACUGCUUUACUGUUACAGUAUUCCCUUCUCUUAAAUGUCCUCUCUUUCUAUAUCCACUAUGACUUCCCAUAUUUGCAGAGAAAAAAGGGAAACAAAUUCAAGGAAAUAGUGCUACAACCUGCGUCUCUUUGUAGAAUGUGCAAUUACCUCCUGGCAUUCACUAACAUGAGGUGCAUUGAUGUCAACAAGAUUAGAUGGCUUUAAAUAUGGAACAAACUAUGAGUCAUGAUAGCUAAAUGGACCUUCUGCACUCAGAAGCAAUAUACUUAUGUGAAAGCUUAGAAAACGUAAUGUUUGUGGGCCACAAUUUCCAGAGUCCCCCAGCCAGCAUGUGGAAAUUGUAGGCAAAACCCCCACCCUAUUCUCAUGCUCUGCAUAGCAGGUAAUUCUAGAGCUGAACAACAGAAGGAAGAUUGUGACAUUAAUUUUCACUGGCUGUUUGUCUUUAAGAUGGCAUGGUAAUUCAGUGCACACUGAAAGGAGAGGCACAGACUCGUAUGUUUACUCAUGCAUUUGCAUAGUAUUGUAAACCAAUACUGAAAGUAAUAAAAUGACUUCUUUUCUUUUGAUGUCUAUUAUGGAGAAAUUUUAAUUCAUUUUGAUGUCUUGUAAAUUUUGCCCCACUUUGCAUACCAAAUAAUUACAUCAAGGUGAUCUUCACCAUAUAGCAGGACCAGAACUGAUAUUUUAACAUUAACAACCUUUGAAUUAUAACGAAUUUGCCCCAGGAGGCAGCUGCUGUGAAUAGCAGCCACAGCAGUUUUCCAUACUUUGAUAGUGGCUGGAAUAUCUCAGCCUUGAAUCAUACUAAUUUAUACAGCAAUUUCAAAGAAGUUACUUCUGGAACAGAGGGAAUCAGAAGCUUAUAUUUACACUAUGCAUUUUCAUAGAAAUGCAGGAUAACAGCCAGUGGACAUACAGUGGAGAUGUAUAAGAGUGGUUCAAUGGGCAAAUUACUGUAAUGGGCAAAAUCUUGUUGUGUAAUUUUGUGCUGGCGUAAACUGGAUUGGAUGCCUGGAAGUAUGUAAUUUAAACUAAUGGGAAUCUUAUCCGCUCCCAUUUUAGUUUCUGAGGCUUCCUGGGGCUCCCUUUUGCCCUAGGGAAUCCUUUGGGAGCUUCAGGACAGUGUGUGUGUGCACUUUAAAAGCCAAAAAAUCAACACCAGAUCACAGCAAUUUUUUUUACUAUUAAGGACUUCUGCCCCCAUAAUUCCAAGGCUUGCAAAGGGAGGGCAAAAUGGAGCCCUAGGGAACCUUGCGAUAAGAAACUUCUAAUUAGUGUAAAUUAAAUGUUUUCCAGCACCCAAUCUGGGUUACACCAGCACAAAGUUAUGACAACAGGGUUUUGCCCAAUAUGUCCUGGCACCUAUGAAGUGUAAAUGUGACCUCACUUGUUCAAACACUGUAGUAGGAAUGUUUUUUUUAAGUAUGUAAGAAAGGGAGAACAGUCUGUCAGAGAACGCUCCAAGAGAUUUUGAUACAGAUUCUGAUUUUUUUUAUUGGUACCCAGUUAUGAAAGUAUUUAAUUAAAUUUCCCCCAUUCAUAAGAUUGGCGCACUCUCAUUGGUCUAAAAAAGUUAUGCUGCAUAGGCCAAAUCUGACACCAUAAUUAUCCCACUCCCUUUCAGGUUCAGAUGCUCUCUAGGGCUCCCCUUUGUUCCAUCUUUGAGAGCCUUGGGAUGGAAGGAAGAGCCUUUAAUUGUCAAAAAUUGGUGUUGGAUUGCCCUGGCAGUCUCAAUCCUAGCAGCGGUGGCCUGGCAGUAAUGUUUCCCUAUUAAAGGCUCCCCUGAGAAAGUCUUGUCUUGUGUAGUCAACAACCUAGCUUCAUAUAUUGGUGGGAAGUACAAUAGGGUUGAAGAUCUUAAAUUCUGGGCAGAUACAUAUUGGAGGAAAUGACCUUUUUAACAUACAGGAAAACAAUUCAAGCACAUUAAUAUUUUAGGGGAAAAAACAGGAAUAAAAAUUCAUUGCCAGUUAAAGCUCAAAUGCCUGAUGGAAGAGAAAUGUUCUGACUUGUCUUCUAAAUGAGACCAAGGUGGUUGUCAGAAGGAUGUUCUGUGGCAAUGUAUGCUACAAAUGAAAAGAAUCUGUCUGGAAUCCUGUUCAGCAUGAGCGAUGCAUAAAAGUCCUGUUAGCACAGUGAUGUGGGAUCUCUCACUUGCACAAGCAGUACCCUGAUAGAAGCAGAGGUUCCAAUUACAAAAGCUGAUUUACAUUUCUGCAAGGACCUUCUUAAUAUAUUUUUUGCAUGACCUCCAAAAAAGUCAAACCAUUCUUGAUAUUAUCACUGCACAAACUGUUUAACAGAACAGGAUGAUACCCUCCAUUCCAAAUGCAAGCAGGUCUUGGGAAGAAAAUUUUGCACACACGGCUUAUGUUUUCAGCUGGAGGAGGCUCAUCCCUUCAUUUUAGGCUGAGCAAUCCUCCACCAAGGAACUGAUCCUAAAGCCCUCGAACAGCCAUUCCCAACCUCUUUUUGGCCACAACGAACCCUACGAGGUGGUGUGUAAAGAACUGUUUCCACUCUGCCCCUCUUCAGACGUGCCAGGGUCCCCAAAGGGGCCAUAUGGCGCCCAUGAGAAUAGCUACCUUUGAGGCCUCUAUUUAGGAGAGGGUAUUCCUGAAGAUCCUAAAGUCUCCAGUUAAGGUUUCCAAAAGUCAGCACAAGUACAGGAAGCAAAACCAAUGCACAUUGCAGGUAAGAAGGCAGCAGAAAGGCGAGGUCACUUAGUCCUGCCAGGCCAACCAGCAUGGCAAGUAGUUGCUAGUAUUGGAGGGCACUGAAGCAAUAUUAAUUGGUGGACUGCCCUUUGAGACUCUAAAUGGUUAUGGGUUCCCACCAGGGCAGAGCUGAAUAUUCUCAGAUGAGAAAAUGAGGAGAAAGGUGCAAGCUGGGUGGUGGUGGUGUCAGCUCCUAUUGUUUCUGUUCAGAAGGGGAAUCUUGAAUUUUGGGGGGCAGCGACUCUUUAUGGAGGGGGCAGCUUUCUUUUUUCUUUUCUUUUAAAAAACCCAACCAACUUGAUUCACUAUAAGGAUUCCCUUCUUCGAAGUCUGUGCUGCCAAAAAUUUCCAAAAUGCAGACAUGGCUAAAACACCGAGGUUGCUAAUUGUUAACAUUUCUGUUCCGCUAUUGCACUAAACCACCACCCACCCCGAAAAAAACCACAGAAGGGGACCAACAUUAAUAAAGUAAUCAAAUUCACGACCACAAACAAGUGGGACGACGAAUCAUUUAACUCAAUAAUGCAGUAAGCAGUUCCGAGGCCUAAUAAAAGGAAACGACUUCCCUUCGUGAUCUGAGCAAUAGUUACAAGGGCCAAGGGAACGGACACCUCGUUCCUGCGUUGGAGGCGGUAACGAUGGCCGGAGACAAGGGUGCUCCACCAGUACAUACUUCCGAUUCGAUACGACUCCUGUACUACGGCUUCCGCGCCGUUCUCAAUGGGCGCAACCACAGCCGUUCGGCUUCAAGCGUAACACCGAGAAGACGGGAAUCGAGGUCGAGCUACGCAUGCGUUCGGGCACCCCUCCUUUGUCGCUGACUGCCUGAUUGUGAAGCUAACGUUCCGCCAGCAUGGAGAUUUCGCUGGAGUCGUCUCUGAUUGGCUGCUUGCUAACCAGGAUUGCGCGACUACACCACGCCCCCUUUGGCUCUCCCUUUGAGGCGCGGGGGAGCCAAUGCCAGCAUUUCUCUUCAGCGAGCGCGCCCUCCUUUCAUGUAGUUCCUCGGCUCGGAUUACUUCCUCCACCCACCUACCCACCCCUCCUCCUCCCGGCUUUGGGGUGCGCGUGAGAGCGAGUUUGCGCGCGCCGUUUCUCUCCAACCUCUCUUCUCCCUUCCCUCCCUCCCUCCCUCCCCCCCGUUUCCUUUGGGCUCUGUCAGUGUCUCGCGCUCCUCCAGUCCGUUGGAGGCUCCGUUAAACGGCGGCGGGGUCCUAUUUCCGUCUUUCCAUCCCGUCUCCCCCCCCCCGCUUCCAUCUCCUUGUCGUGCCGCCCCACCGUCAGCCCGGGUACCUCCGAAAGCGGCCGGUGCUGAGAGAGCGGACGCGAGAGCAGACGGAGGUGACCGGCAACCAAGCCGAGCCUGCGGGCGGGCAGACAGGCGGGCAACCCUGGCACCGGUUCGGGUACAACACUUGUAAGAUUAGAAACUUGGAUUAUUCAUUCUCCAGGAUAAUCGCUCUACCGUAGGACAAAUACUUUGAAAAGCACAAUGUGGUGAAUUUCGGCACAGAUAUCUUGGAAUAUUAGAACUGACUGAGGAGUUAAAAUGUUUACUUUGUGAACAAAAACUAUUUGAUAGUGGAUAGAACAUCUGAAAAUGCGGCCAUGGACUGGCUCCUGGCGUUGGAUUAUGCUCAUCCUUUUUGCUUGGGGGACUUUGUUGUUUUACAUAGGUGGACACUUAGUAAGAGAUAAUGAGCAUCCAGAUCAUUCUAGUCGUGAACUAUCAAAGAUAUUAGCAAAACUUGAACGGUUAAAACAGCAAAAUGAAGACUUACGAAGAAUGGCAGAGUCUCUCAGGAUACCAGAAGGUCCUAUUGAUCAGGGCCCUGCUGCAGGAAGAGUACAUGCUUUAGAAGAACAGCUAAUAAAAGCCAAAGAACAGAUGGAAAACUAUAAGCAACAAACAGGAGAUGUGGGCUUAGGAAAAGAUCAUGAAAUAUUGAGAAGGAGGAUUGAAAAUGGAGCCAAAGAACUUUGGUUUUUUCUCCAGAGUGAACUGAAGAAACUAAAAAACUUGGAAGGAGGUGAAUUACAAAGGCACAUUGAUGAGCUUCUAUCUGACUUGGGUGAUCAUGAAAGGUCAGUAAUAACAGAUCUGUACUACCUCAGUCAAACAGAUGGAGCUGAUGAUUGGCGAGAAAAAGAAGCCAAAGAUUUGACAGAACUGGUACAGAGGAGAAUAACUUAUCUUCAGAACCCUAAGGAUUGCAGCAAAGCCAAGAAAUUAGUGUGUAAUAUCAACAAAGGCUGUGGUUAUGGUUGUCAACUUCAUCAUGUAGUUUACUGCUUCAUGAUUGCUUAUGGCACUCAAAGGACGCUAAUUUUGGAAUCGCAGAACUGGCGCUAUGCUACUGGAGGUUGGGAGACGGUUUUCAGGCCAGUGAGUGAGACAUGCACUGACAGAUCAGGAAGCACCACUGGACACUGGUCAGGUUUAUUUUCAGGUUCGUUUCAACUCCCUAAGCUAGACUGCAGCAUUUACCAACUGAAUGGCGUCAUCACAUGUAAAGGUGAGGCAAAUGAUAAGGAUGUUCAAGUAAUAGAAUUACCCAUAGUUGACAGUCUACACCCACGGCCUCCGUAUCUGCCAUUGGCUAUUCCAGAAGAUCUGGCUGAUCGACUAAUUCGUGUUCAUGGUGAUCCUGCAGUGUGGUGGGUCUCACAGUUUGUCAAAUAUUUGAUUCGUCCACAGCCUUGGUUAGAAAAGGAAAUUGAGGAAGCUACAAGGAAACUUGGCUUCAAACAUCCAGUUAUUGGUGUACAUGUCCGAAGAACAGACAAGGUAGGAACAGAAGCAGCAUUUCAUCCCAUUGAAGAAUACAUGGUCCAUGUUGAAGAGCAUUUCCAACUGCUCUCCCACAGAAUGCAUAUUGACAAAAAGCGAGUGUAUCUGGCUACAGAUGAUCCUUCAUUAUUACAAGAGGCCAAAUCAAAGUAUCCAAAUUAUGAAUUUAUUAGUGACAACUCCAUAUCAUGGUCAGCAGGUCUCCAUAAUCGAUACACUGAAAACUCUCUGAGGGGUGUUAUUCUGGAUAUACAUUUCCUUUCGCAGGCAGAUUUCCUUGUUUGUACAUUUUCUUCACAGGUUUGUCGAGUUGCCUAUGAAAUCAUGCAGACGUUACAUCCUGAUGCAUCUGCCUUUUUUCACUCUUUAGAUGAUAUUUAUUAUUUUGGCGGACAAAAUGCCCACAAUCAGAUUGCUAUUUAUCCUCACCAUCCUAGAACUGCUGAUGAAAUUCCUAUGGAACCUGGAGACAUAAUUGGUGUUGCUGGAAAUCAUUGGGAUGGUUACUCAAAAGGCAUCAAUAGAAAAUUAGGAAAAACAGGCUUAUAUCCUUCCUACAAAGUAAAAGAGAAAAUUGAAACAGUCAAGUACCCCACAUAUUCAGAGGCUGACAAAUAAAGACAAGCAGGACAACUCACAGCAACUUGCUUUGAAACUAUUUCAAGAAACCAUAUUAACUGUUGGCUUUUGUGGGAUAUGGAUUUGCAUUUUAACAUACAGUUAAAAUGAAAGCCUUUUGUCGUUUGGACUGGAUAUACAACUGGGAACAAUUGGAUGGGCCAUUGUUUGGACUUCUUUUGUUACAUGCACUCACACAUAUGCACACGGAUACACAUUUGACAGGGAAUCUGUUGUUUUAUACUAUUUGUCUCUUUGAGAAUUUAUCCCUCUCAUGAGUCAUAUAUGAGCUUUGGGCUCAUUUCUUUGCCAUUAAUAGACUAUAAGAUUUUUAACACUGCUGCAUUGUGUAAUUUGAGUGACAUGAGCAUAUUUUGUAUGUGCAGAAUUUAAAACAUGGUGCCUCUCUUUGAAAGACCAGUGACCUUUUAGAAGAGCCAUGCCUGUUGAUGGGCAAGAGUCUUACUUGCCUUCAAUUGAUGUUGUUUUGAUCACUGAACAUGUUCCAACCAACAGAUGAAAAAAUCAGGCUAGACCUUUCUUUACUGGGUUUUGUUAGCAACUUCAUUGAUUAGUUCAUCUCAUCAUUAAUAAAGAAUACAUCCAAAA